GAUUCAUCCGCAGAAGAGGAACAUAGUUGUUCGUUAUGGUGUAGGAGCAACAUCAGCUAGUGAAUGUGAAGUUGUGAAAUUGUAUUUUUUAGUUGUAUGUUCUGUGAUCUCAACAAUUGAAAAUGCACGCCAAAUGGGUUAUGAGCACCAGCCUCAAGCACAUCCUUCUCACUGCCACCUUGUUUCUCCAACUUUCCAAUGCUGCCAUCCUCAAAGACGUCCUUCUUCCAAGCUCAACUCUGACGCGAGUACCUAGAGACUCAAAGUACCCCAGUAGAUAUGGAAGUGGUACCAGUAAUGAAGACAAGGCACUAAAACCGGAAACUGCUGGCGAUACUAGAGAUCCACCAAAUGAGAGUACCGUGGGGAAGAGAUGUAUACGGUGCGAAACGUCCGGUUCCGGGUACUACGAUAGGUACCCUCAGGAUAGCAGAAAUCGGUACUAUGACCGGGAUUAUGAUGACCGGGACCGGUACUAUGACAGGGAUAGGUACUACGAUCGAGAUAGAUAUGAUAGAUAUCCUGAGAGAGACGGAUACUUGCCACCAAGAAGUAGAUAUGGAGGUGGUAGGGACCGAUACGAUGACAAAUAUUAUGACAGAUACGGUGGCGGAGGCAGAGGUGGUGAUGCAUAUGAUAGAUAUGGCGAUUAUGAUAGAUACGAACCUUCAGAGCGGUACGAUCGCUAUGACAGGUAUCCGGAAAGGGGAGUAGGCUACGAUAAUCGCGGUUACGACUACAGAGAAACUGGUGUGGGUGGGUACAGGCCUUUAGAUGAGACCUAUAGAGGCAGCUCUGGGUUUGACGGCGCCGGGCGAGGGUACUAUUUUGCUGCCGGUGUCGGCAGACCUGAUUAUGGUAUCUCUGGUGGUGGUGGAUAUGGCAGGGGGUACGCCAAUGGAUGGGACUAUGGAGAAACUGGCGGCGGCAGAGAUGAUUAUUAUAGGGACAGGGAUAGAGGCAGAGGGCCAUGUCAGGAUCCCUGUUGUGAUGUGUACAGAAGAUUCUAUGAACGAAAUAAUAGCAGGUGCAAGCAUCUGUGA